GUUUGAUUGACAGCACAGUGUGUUCAGCUCGGAGCGACACACACACACACACACAGACACACACCCGAGUGAGUUCGCUCAAUGGCAACGAGCUGAACUAACAAACCUCCGCUUCACUCUCGAACCGGGGGCCAACGACACCGGACCUUCGAGUUGGGGCUGGGGAGGACCAACUUUCCCCCAGCUAGCUAGCGAGGAGGAGGAGGAGGAGGAGAAGGAGGAGGAAGAGGAGGCGGAGGGGGGUUAGCUUAGCCUAGGCAGCUAACUAGCUCGGCUCUUCUCGGCUCGGCUCGGCUCACACCACACCAAGCGGCGGCGUGUCUCCUCUCUUCACGCUGCGGCUGCAACAACCCGACAAGAAAGAGCCUCCUUCUCAUGGAGGGAACAAAGGUAGACGAAGAAGAAGAAGAAGCCUCGAUGAGAUCAAAGCAUGAAGGAGGACAUUAUCACCAUGCACGGAGGACGCCCCUCCGCUAACCUGCCGGAGAUGAGCACCGGGACGUGAUGGUCGCAGCAGCGUUUGUAUUGCGAGGCAACGAAUCUGUGUGAGGCUGCAACACACAAGGCGUUUGCUACCCAGCAGCAGCUUGAGUGUGUGUGUGUGUCUGUGUGUGUGUGAUCGAAGUGCCUAUGGCGGAGUUUGGGGAGGACGGCAGGCUUCCUCCAUUGCAUCUCGGGGACUCGGCCGUGCCCCUGGACGAGGCAGCUGCUGCCGGGAAGACGCAUUGCGAAGUGUCCAUCCUGAAUGGAGACUGUGGGAUAUCGGACAAUAUGGUCGGUUCACCUGGUGCCUGCCAAGCCGGGCUGGAGGCAGCCAACACCUCCGUGGGACCGGCGGAUGCCAAACACGAGAUACCACGCAGGAGCAGCAUUAUCAAGGAUGGUUCCAGACAUCGCAAAGAGAGAAAGAAGACCGUGUCAUUCAGCAGCAUGCCUACCGAGAAGAAGAUAAGCAGUGCCAGUGACUGCAUCAAUGCUAUGGUGGAUGGCUCUGAGCUGAAGAAAGUGCGAUCCAACUCGCGCAUAUACCACCGCUACUUCCUCCUCGAUGCUGACAUGCAGUCUUUGAGAUGGGAGCCCUCGAAGAAGGAAUCAGAAAAAGCCAAAAUUGAUGUGAAAUCCAUCAAGGAGGUCCGCACGGGGAAAAAUACAGACACUUUUAGAACUAAUGGAACCUACGAUCAGAUAUCAGAGGACUGUGCUUUCUCAGUCAUCUUCGGGGAGAACUACGAGUCCCUGGACCUGGUGGCGAACACAGCAGAUGUAGCCAACAUAUGGGUAACGGGACUGAGGUACCUCAUCUCCUACGGGAAACACACGUUAAAUAUGAUAGAGAGCAGUCAGAACAACAUGCGCUCGUCGUGGUUAGGGGAACUCUUUGAUGAGGCUGACUGUAACAACAGCAAACAGAUAACGAUAUGUACCGCUGUGCAGCUCGUCAAGAAGCUGAACCCGGGACUUAAAAAUAUAAAAAUAGAACUGAAGUUUAAGGAGCUUCAGAAAGCUAAGGACAAACCAGGCUCCGAUGUGACCAAAGACGAGUUCAUCGAGGUCUUUCACGAUCUUUGUACCAGACCAGAAAUCUACUUUCUCUUUGUUCAGUUCUCCAGCAACAAAGAAUUUCUGGAUACCAAGGACUUGAUGAUAUUUCUAGAGGCAGAGCAGGGUAUGGCUCAAGUUAGCGAAGACAUCAGCCUGGAGGUGAUUCAGAAAUAUGAACCAUCUAAGGAGGGUCAGCUCAAGGGCUGGCUCUCUCUCGAUGGCUUCACCAACUACGUCAUGUCGCCAGAGUGCCAUAUAUUUGACCCAGAACACAAAACGGUUUGCCAGGACAUGAACCAGCCCUUGUCCCACUAUUACAUCAAUGCAUCCCACAACACGUACCUGAUUGAAGAUCAGUUCAGAGGUCCCUCAGACGUGACGGGGUAUAUCCGUGCCCUCAAGAUGGGCUGCCGCAGUGUAGAGCUGGACGUAUGGGACGGGCCUGAUAAUGAACCUGUUAUUUACACUGGCCACACGAUGACGUCACAGAUCGUGUUUCGCAGCGUCAUCGACGUCAUCAACAAGUAUUCCUUCGUUGCAUCGGAGUUUCCACUGAUGUUAUGUUUAGAAAACCACUGCUCCUUAAAGCAACAGAGAGUCAUGUUUCAGCACCUGAAGAAGAUCCUUGGAGACAAGAUCAUAUUGGAUCCUCCUAAACCUGAGGACUGUUACCUCCCUUCUCCCUCGGAACUGAAGGGAAAGAUCCUGCUGAAGGGGAAGAAGCUGAGUACGAGCUGCACUGCUUCGGAGGGUGAGGUGACCGAUGAGGACGAGGGGGCGGAGAUGUCUCAAAGGAUGAGCAUUGAAUCUUCGGAACAACAGACCAUCGCUUUGAAGAAAUUCCAGCUGUCCAAGGACCUCUCUGAUCUGGUGACCCUGUGUAAGUCUGUGGAGUUCAAAGACUUUGCGACGUCCUUCCAGAGUCAGAAGCACUGGGAGCUCUGCUCCUUCAAUGAGGUCUUUGCCACUCGCCAUGCAAGUGACUUCCCUGGUGACUUUGUCAAUUACAACAAGAAGUUCCUGGCACGGGUGUACCCGAGCCCCAUGCGGAUCGACUCCAGCAACAUGAACCCACAAGACUUCUGGAAGUGUGGUUGCCAGAUUGUAGCCAUGAACUACCAGACUCCAGGCCUGAUGAUGGAUCUAAACAUUGGCUGGUUCCGUCAGAAUGGGAACUGCGGCUAUGUGCUGCGUCCAGCCAUCAUGAGGGAGCAGGUUUCUUAUUUUAGUGCCAACACUAAAGAUUCUGUGCCUGGUGUUUCUCCACAGCUCUUGCACAUGAAGAUCAUCAGUGGACAAAACUUCCCGAAACCCAAAGGCUCAGGUGCCAAAGGAGACGUAGUAGACCCCUACGUGUACGUGGAGAUACACGGCAUCCCGGCUGACUGCGCUGAACAAAGGACUAAAACAGUCAACCAGAACGGGGACAACCCUCUCUUCGACGAGAGCUUUGAGUUUCAGAUAAACCUCCCGGAGCUCGCAAUGGUGCGCUUCGUGGUGCUAGACGACGACUUCAUCGGGGAUGAAUUCAUCGGCCAGUACACGAUACCCUUCGAGUGUCUCCAGCCAGGGUUCCGUCAUAUACCGCUACAGUCUCUGACGGGGGAAGUUCUGCCACACACCUUGUUGUUUGUUCAUGUGGCCAUAACCAAUCGAAGAGGAGGCGGUAAGCCACACAAAAGGGGACUGUCUGUACGGAAGGCCAAGAGGAGCAGGGAGUAUGCCAGCAUGAGAGUGCUAUUGAUCAAGGCUGUGGAUGAUGUCUUCAAAACAGCCAUCCUGCCACUUAGGGAGGCAACGGACCUCAGAGAGAACAUGCAGAAUGCCAUAGUGUCCUUUAAAGAGCUGUGCGGCCUCUCAGCUGUGGCUAACCUGAAGCAGUGCAUCCUGGCCUUGUCCCCUCGACUGGCUGGACCCGACGUCACUCCCAUUCUGCUGUUCAACCUCGCUGACCAGUAUCCUGAGCUGGAACCACAAGGCCUGCUGCCAGAGGUCCUCAAGAAGGUCGUCACCACCUAUGAAAUGGUGAUCCAAACCAGCCGGGCGGUCCUGGAGACCUAUGAGGGGAUAUAUGACCGAAUCCUACAAACGCAAAAAGCAGCGAUGGAAUUUCACGAGAACCUCCAGGACUUGGCCACGAAGGAGGGCUUGAAGGGCCGGAAGCUGCACAAGGCGGUGGAGAGCUUCACGUGGAACAUCACCAUCCUGAAGGGCCAGGCAGACCUGCUGAAGCAUGCCAAGAGUGAAGUCCAGGAGAACCUCAAGCAGAUCCACUACGCCGUGCUCACCUGUAACCUGAGUAAAGGUGGAGCAGCGGGCGGCUCCUCGGGCUCCGAGUCCAGGGGCCGACGCAGCCUUGACGCCAUCGCCGAGAAGGCCCCUGGGGAGGAGGAGCUCACUGGUGAGGACAACUAG